AUGGGCAAACUACUCCAAGUAUUCAUCGUUGGUGGAUUAGUACGGUUCCUACUACCCACAUUUAUACCCUCGAUCACGACCUCCCUCUCGUCAACAGUUGAAUUGAGUACACCUAUAUCCUCGUUCAAGUCCCUUCUCGAAGCUAUAUACCUUUACAAUCAUGGCAUUGGUUUGUACGACGGGGGUGUGAACCAUCACCCGCCAUUGGUUGUUGUGACUGCCUCUUGGAUCAGCUUGUUACCUGUGCUGUAUUUAUGGUUCAAUUUGGUUUGCACUGUCACCGAUCUACUCAUUGCGUGGAAGAUUGUUCAGCUUAACCAAUGGUACAAUAAUUCACGCGGCAAGAUUUAUGGAACACAAGUGACGGGCUUCAAUGAUGACUUGAUUGCAUGUUUUUACUUGUUUAAUCCAUUGAUCAUAUUGACGAAUUUGAGCCAUUCCACUGUUGUGUUUACGUGGUAUUUUAUUAUUGAGAGCUUAGUUCAAAUCACAUUAAAGAAAAACAUUGUUCGAUCAAUGAUUGCGUUUGCAGUUGCAACAUACUCAUCAUUCAAUGCGUUGUAUCUAUUUCCGUCAAUAAUAGGACUAGGUUUAAAAAGCCUUCCAAUCUCGCCAGCAAAGAUUUUACGCGUCAGUUUGGCGGUGUAUUUUGGAUCAGUAGCUCUCUUAGUGUUGGCUUCCGUUGCAUUCACAUCAUCCUGGAGAUUUAUUGAUAGCUGCUACUUGACCGUGAUAUAUUUCAAAAAGAUAACACCCAAUGUCGGAUUAUGGUGGUAUUUAUUUACUGAAAUGUUUGAAUUUUUUACACCAUUUUACCUUGGAAUGUUCAACUUGUACUCCUUUUCAUUUAUAAUCCCAAUUGCUAUGCGUUUAUAUGAAUCAAAAAGUACACCAAAGUUGGGCGACUCAUUUUUGGCUGUGCUAGUGUCUUUAUUAUGGAUCUCAUUUACGAAAUCUUACCCAACCGUUGGAGAUUUAGGAUUUGCAUUGUCCAUAUUGCCGAUUUUCAAAGGAUCUGUCCUACCUUACUGCAAAUUGAUAUUCAUUUCAGGGAUAACUUUGGUGACAACUCUUAUAUUGUCCCCUAUAUUUUACUAUUGCUGGAUCGUUUUGGGGUCCGGUAACGCAAACUUCUUUUACAGUAUCAAUUUGAUCUGGGGUGGUGUACACAUUCUCGUGAUGAUGGAUUUGUUAUGGGCCAAACUAAUUGUGGACUACGGUGUUGAAAAUGGAAUCAGUGGGGAGAAUCUUAAAAAAAUCAACUUGGCACAGUUAUAA